CUCACUUCCGGCUCCUCCGGCUCGGCCGUCCGGCCCUCAUGCUCCCGGCGCGGCGCUUGGGGGGAGCGGUGGUGAGUCCAGGGGCAGAUACCGGACCUGCCGCCCGCGCCCACCCCGGCGGAGCCCUGGGCCCCGAGCCGCCCUCCGCCCGACCCCGCGCUCGGACAAGUCACAGAUGAGGAAGGCACCGCACUAGGCGCCCCAGUCAUGGCAGCUCCGUGGAAGAGCGCGCUGCUGCUGCUUCUGGCAUCUCAGGCUGUCUCCUCGGUGAACGCCUCUGACGAGGAGGAAGUUCCAGAAGAAUGGGUCCUUCUGCACGUUGUUCAGGGUCAGAUAGGAGCUGGGAAUUACAGCUAUUUGAGGUUAAAUCAUGAGGGAAAGAUAGUUCUUAAGAUGCAGAGCUUGAGAGGUGAUGCGGACCUGUAUGUAUCCGAUAGCACCCUCCACCCGAGCUUUGAUGAGUACGAGUUACAGUCUGUCACUUGCGGCCAGGACGUGGUUUUCAUACCAGCGCACUUCCAGCGCCCCGUGGGAAUAGGCAUCUAUGGACACCCAUCUCACCACGAGAGUGAAUUUGAAAUGAAAGUGUAUUAUGAUACGACGGUCGAACAGCACCCGUUUGGUGAGACUGCUUAUUCAGACGGUACAGAUACGAGUCGAAAGCAGGCUUCUGCUCCAGAAGAUGCAUCUCAAGAAGAGCAAUCUGUCCUUUGGACGAUAUUAAUUAGUAUUUUGAAAUUGGUACUUGAAAUUCUUUUUUGAUUCUUUGAACAUCCUGUGGAGUAUAAUAACCCUUAAUCUGUGAAGCUGAGUGCAGUUCGCUGUGAACCUAGCUACUUGUACCUGGUUGGAAUUCUGGUUACCUUUCCUAGAUGGGGGAUGGAAAAAUAAAGCCAUACAGUUUUGUUACCUCAGUCACCCCAGAAGUAUGAAAAGCAUCAAGCACGAUAUUUAUUUUCUUUCUAAACAUCAAAAUUCCUGUAAAAGGAAUGUGCAUAAUAAAAUGUUUAAACCCCAUUUUGAUUAGUUUGUCAGGUGACCAAACAGAUGAUUGCAGUAACUUAUGAAGUUACGAAGUGUCAGCUUUGAAGAGUUACUAAAAGCAAGUCUGAAAUGUAAUGAUUUCUCCACACUUGCCUGAGCAUGGACUAAAGUCCCAUGCCUACACCCCAAGCAGGGACAGCACCUCCUGUCCAAACGGGAUUUCCUGGUAGGCAGGUGCCAGUUAAAGACAGGUCUAAACCCAGCAGCACCAAGUGUCAUCGGGUCAUUUGUAAUUUUAUCAUCUUGGGCUCCUAUUAAAAGCCUUCCGUUAUUAAAUAACUUUGCUAUGCUACCCAUGGUAGACCAGAAAGGAUAUAGAUUAGGAAAAUUUCAUGAAAAUAAUAGUAACUUUUAGGCCAACGGAGUAAUAAAGUAUUUCAAAUUAA